UGGAACUAUGACCUAUAAAUAGAAUUUUAUUGUCCCCUUAUUGCACAGAUAUCACUUUUGCUGAAAUUUUAUUGUCUCUGUUUUGCUGAAGUUCUCUCUCGCCUCUGUCUCUUCGCUGCCCUCUGUUUCUCUUCACUCUCCGGUGGCUUUGCUCCGAAUCUGUGGUCCUUCAGCUCUCAGUCUCUCCUCACUCAGCUCCGACUGUCUCUUCUCUCUUCCUCUCCCAGCGACAGGGAAAUAUGGUUGGUGAAAUGAAGUUGAUGAUUGCGGAGGAACAAAAAUUCCAAGGGAAAGCAUUGUCGUUAUCCCAUACGAAGACGGCAAUCACUACGAUAAAGGAGAAAUUCACUGAACAGCAGCUGCAACUGUUUGAACAGAGUUGUUUUGGUCAUCUCCUAGGGAUUGAGGACCUCAAGUGGACUUCUCCGAUUGUCCACGGGUUGCUGCUCAGGAAAGCUGAUCCCAAGACAGUUUCCCAACUGAACGGGAUCAAAUUCAUUGUUGGCAAGAAGGUCAUCCAAUUCACGGCGCAGCAAUUUUGCAUCGUGACAGGGCUAAGGUUUGGAAACCUUCCCUUGAUUCCGAUUCCCACGAAUGAGAACUGCUCAUUGAAACGGAAGUACUUUGCCAACGAUAAAGCUGUGAACCUGUUGGAAUUAGAAAAGGCCUUCCUCGAAUGCGAUGAUGUGGACGAUGUAUUCAAGCUUGGAUUCGUAUACUUUGCUGUCUUUGUGCUGUUGGGCAGCGAAAAACAUGUCCACAUUGACAUGCGAUAUUUGAAGUUGGCGGAAGACCUUGAAGACUUUGGGAAGUAUCCAUGGGGUGCUGUGUCUUAUGCGAAGACAAAUGCGUCACUGCUGAGGGCACUUUGUGCAGAUUACCAGCGAGUGAAAGUGCCCACAAAAACUGCCAAAACAAAAAAAUCUGGAAAGAAACCAACAACAACGGCAACCGGUAGACCAAGAGAGUACCACCUCAAAGGUUUUCCGUAUGCACUUCAGAUUUGGGCGUAUGAGGUGUUUCCAGCGUUGGCUGCACUACAUUUGGUGGUGCACGAAGAAAAUGCGCACAUCCCUCGUUUACUACAUUGGAGGAGCAAUAGUUCGCCGCGUUUUUAUGAGCUAAUGAGCCAAGUAUUCGAGAACCGUGAGGUUGAUGUGCAGCUUCUUCGGCCAUCUGUGAUGGACAAGCAGCAGCCGUAUUGGACUUGGGGUGACAGUGCUGACGACAGUGAAGAACUUGUUGACUUGUUGGGCGAUGACGCUGAACAACAAACCGGCACUUCUGCCUCUGUAGAAGAAAAAGAGAAGGACAUUGACGAUACUGCAAACCUUCCGUCGUCUUCUAAGGGUACAGUCGCGUCCAGAGAGUUACGCACUUUGAAGCGUGACUUUCAAAGGACAAAGGAUGAAUUGGCCAAAGUUUCCCUAUCAAAUCGAGCACUUUGCGACAGAGUGCAUCAGUUGGAAGACAAGGUACGGAAGGAGUCAAUGAAAGCUGAAAAAGAGUUCGAAAAAAAUACAAAGUGUGUGGAGGAUUUCCGCAACACCCUGUCUUCAAUGGAGCAUUAUUUUAAGUUGGAGAUAGAGCAGCUGAAAAAACAAAAUGGUGGGGUGAAUGAAGCUGCGGAAGGACAUGAGGACCUCGGUAGUCCUCAUAUGAAUGAAGGAGGCAAUAAUGACUUGUCGCCAUUACAUGCCUAUGUAAGUCCGCCGACAGAACCGGCAGUAAUGGAAACACAAGUCCCCGGUGAUGGAGCCGAACCUUCCGCAGCAUGGUAG